UGGAAUUUGCAGCUUUUCAAACUACAGAGGCGUCACUCUUCCCUUCUUCAACUCUCCUUUUCUCUGCGACAGGAAUCCAUCUCGAAUCCGCAGAUCUAGGGUUUCUAAACCGUCCGAUCUCGAGGAGAUGGCCAAAAUCCUCUCGAAUUCAGAUCCUCUCCAAAUUCGCUGAAUCUCGACCGCAAGCAGUCUCGACGACUGAAAAAAGGCCAUAGAAAGAGAGGAAGAAAGAAAAGGGAAAAUAUCUUUUAUGGAAUCCAUUCGUAAGCAAGCCAGCAAGCUCCGAGAGCAAGUCGCUAAGCAGCAGCAGGAUUGGGCUUCGCUGCCAGAAAUAGAAUUAGUGUUUGGCAUGUGAUUGUGAAUUCGGAAGAGACAUUUUGAAUCUAUGAAAAUGAUUGGUUCUUUCUCUCAAUAUCAGUCUUAUUUAUUUUAUCAGUUUUUCAGUACCUAAUUGCUUUUGUCUGUGUUUCUUGGAAAUUUCAUCUUUCUUUUCCUCUUGACCAUGUGAAAUUAUGGGGAAGAUGGGUGUUUGCCAUAAGCUGCAAUGACGGGAAGUGGAAUCAAAAUCUUUGGUGGAUUGACCACUAGUUGAAGACUCCGAAAAGAAAAUCCAUGCAAGAGAUUUUGAGACCAUUACCCAGAGGACUACCAUAUGAUGGACCCAUUCAAAUGCUUUAGGCAGUCCUGAGGCAAUUUAGUGGACGCUUUGGUAAUGAUUCUGUUAUUGCUGAUGAAGCUGAACUUCAGUGCCAUCAACAACUUAAAAGACUUUAUGGUUCCACCAGAGCAGCAAAGCAUUUUCAGAGGCAUCUUGUGCGGGGUGUGGAAGGUCUUAUUUCUGUUAGCUCAAAGCAGAUGGAAAUAGUAACCAAGCUAUCUGAUGAUUCUUGCAAAUAUGGAAAUGAGAACCAGAGUGAUGGUUCUGCCCUUGCACGUGCCUCCCUUCAGUUCGGUACUUCACACAAUAUGAUGGAAAAAGAGAGGGAGAAUUUGCACAGAAUUCUUGCAGCGCAGGUUUCUGAGCCUUUGAGGACGAUGAUAGUGGGAGCCCCUUUGGAUGAUGCCCGGCACUUGUUUCACCGAUACGAACACAUCCGACAAGAGGUUGAAGCUCAGGCUGCAGAGUUUAUACGACGCCAAUUGAAGUUCAAGGAAGCCGGAGCUACUGGAGAUGGUAAAAUCAAGCUUCAAAAUGCAGAAUCAAAAUUGUCAGAUCUUAGAUCUAGUUUGACAGCACUGGGGAGAGAAACCACAGCUGCUAUGAUGUCAGUCGAGGCUCAACAACAACGGCUUACUUUCCAGCUACUUCUUGCAAUGGUUAAUGCUGAGAGAUCUUAUCAUCAAAGUGUUUCUACCAUUCUAGAUGAGCUCCAUGCCGAGAUGGUUUUGGAGAAGCAGCAUAGUGAGUCAGCAUCACAAUCAGCGACUAUUGUGACUGACAUGUAUCUUCCAACUGCACAUGAGAAAAAUACUUCCAAUGAACCUGGUGAUCUUGGAACUGAUACUCAAAAGUCCACUAUUUCAACCGAACCUGGUGAUCUCGGAACCGAUACUCUAAAGCCCACUGUUUCUACUGAACCUGGUGAUCUCAGUACCAAUACUCAAAAGUCCCCUAUUUCUAAUGAACCUUGUGAUCUUGGAACCGAUACUCAAAAGUCCACGUUUUUUAUUGCGAAGGUUAUUCAUUCAUUUGAUGCUCAAGCUGAUGGUGAGCUAAGUCUCUCUGAUGGUGACUAUGUUGUGGUCCGCCAGGUGAUCCCCGUCUCCCAAAGAUGGACUAGGUUGCUGUAUGUUGUUCUUUACUAUGACUUGUGGUGGUGGCAUCAAAUGGAUGGUCUGAAGGCGAGUGCAAGGGAAAGGCAGGUUGGUUCCCAUCGGCAUAUAUAGAGCAGCGAGAGAGAGCUCCCGCAAGCCAGUUUACCGAGGCCAACCCGUUGCCAUGAUUUUGGGGGACCCCCAUUGUAUUUUGUUUGUAUAUGCAUUCGCCGUUUUUUCUUGUACCAAGUUUAUCUUUAGGUUGAAUUUUCACUUAUAGCUUGUAUCACCGUACCCGGUAAGCUUGUAUAUCUUUAAUUUCCAGCGAAAUUGUAGUAGUCUUGUGUGUAAAAUGAUUGUAAUUAUUUUGUAACUUUCAUUUGUUACUUGAAAUGAAUAAUGCUUCCGAAUCA